GGUUUCCCAAGAGUCAAAGUGAACACCGGCACGCUCAUCAUCAGUUCCCCAUCCCCAAAACCUCAUAAACCCUGUCCACCACCACAACCGCCGCCGCCCAAAACCUCAUAAUCCCAACCCUCCACCACAGCCGCCAUCAUUCCCGGGCGCCACCAUGCAAGCAGCUCUGAUAACCCCUUCUCCUCGCGCCAUUCCCACCGGUUCCAUCACGGCCACGAGAACCACAAUUCCCCCUCAUGUGCGCCUCGUGUCUGUCCGAGCAUCGACCGAGGUAGCCCAAUCGCCGCCACCCGCAGUGAAAGAGACCGCCCACAAGCUCAACAAGUACAGCUCUCAUGUCACCGAGCCCAAGUCCCAGGGCGGCUCACAAGCCAUCCUCUAUGGCGUGGGUCUCUCGGAUGAGGACAUGCACAAGCCUCAAAUCGGUAUAUCAUCGGUUUGGUACGAGGGCAACACCUGCAACAUGCAUUUGUUGAAGCUUUCAGAGGCUGUGAAGGAGGGGGUGAGAGAUGCCGGCAUGGUUGGGUUCAGGUUCAACACUGUUGGUGUCAGCGAUGCCAUCUCAAUGGGCACGAGAGGCAUGUGCUAUAGCUUGCAGUCUAGGGAUUUGAUUGCUGAUAGUAUUGAGACGGUCAUGUCUGCUCAGUGGUAUGAUGGAAACAUUUCUAUUCCCGGUUGUGACAAAAAUAUGCCAGGUACAAUAAUGGCAAUGGGACGGCUCAAUCGGCCUAGUAUUAUGGUUUAUGGUGGAGCUAUCAAGCCUGGUCAUUUUCAAGGCCAUACUUACGACAUAAUAUCUGCCUUUCAGGUACACAGUGAUUUUCUGUUUUAAGCUUUAAUAUAUG